GUGACGUCAUCUCCGGGCGCCGAGGGUGACUGGACUUGUGGUGCGCUUCCAGGGCUCCGCAGCGUUGCCGGUUGUGUUCGCUGGAUACCAGAGGGCGGAAGUGCAGCAGGGUUCGGCGCCGACCUCCGCGCCGGUGCUUUUUGCGGCUGCGCGGGCUUUCUGGAGUCCUGCUACCGCGUCCCGGCAGGACACUGUGUCAGGCGGGCAGCUUGCCCCGCCGCCCCACCGGAGCGCGGAAUCUGGGCGUCCCCACCAGUGCGGGGAGCCGGAAGGAGGAGCCGUCGCUUCGAGUAGGUUUGGCUUUGGUUGAAAUAAGAAUUUAGCCUGUAUGUACUGCUUUAACUACUGGAAGAAUGACAGAUGACAAAGAUGUGCUUCGAGAUGUGUGGUUUGGACGAAUUCCAACUUGUUUCACGCUAUAUCAGGAUGAGAUAACUGAAAGGGAAGCAGAACCAUACUAUUUGCUUUUGCCAAGAGUAAGUUAUUUGACGUUGGUAACUGACAAAGUGAAAAAGCACUUUCAGAAGGUUAUGAGACAAGAAGACAUUAGUGAGAUAUGGUUUGAAUAUGAAGGCACACCACUGAAAUGGCAUUAUCCAAUUGGUUUGCUGUUUGAUCUUCUUGCAUCAAGUUCAGCUCUUCCUUGGAACAUCACAGUACAUUUUAAGAGUUUUCCAGAAAAAGACCUUCUGCACUGUCCAUCUAAGGAUGCAAUUGAAGCUCAUUUUAUGUCAUGUAUGAAAGAAGCUGAUGCUUUAAAACAUAAAAGUCAAGUAAUCAAUGAAAUGCAGAAAAAAGAUCACAAGCAACUCUGGAUGGGAUUGCAAAAUGGCAUUACCCUUCUGUGGUCACAAUGGAAAAUUCUGGACAGAUUUGACCAGUUUUGGGCCAUCAAUCGGAAACUCAUGGAAUAUCCUGCAGAAGAAAAUGGAUUUCGUUAUAUCCCCUUUAGAAUAUAUCAGACAACGACUGAAAGACCUUUCAUUCAGAAGCUGUUUCGUCCUGUGGCUGCAGAUGGACAGUUGCACACACUAGGAGAUCUCCUCAAAGAAGUUUGUCCUUCUGCUGUUGAUCCUGAAGAUGGGGAAAAAAAGAAUCAAGUGAUGAUUCAUGGAAUUGAGCCAAUGUUGGAAACACCUCUGCAGUGGCUGAGUGAACAUCUGAGCUACCCGGAUAAUUUUCUUCAUAUUAGUAUCAUCCCGCAGCCAACAGAUUGAAGGAUUAACUAUUUGCCUGAACAGAAUCAUCCUUAAAUGGGAUUUAUCAGAGCAUGUCACCCUUUUGCUUCAAUCAGGUUUGGUAGAGGCAAUCUGACCAGAAACACUUCGCUGCUGCAAGCCAAACAGGAAAAAGAUUCCAUGUCAGAUAAGGCAAUUGGGCUGGUCUUACUUUGCAUCACCUCUGCUUUCCUCCACUGCCAUCAUUAAGCCUCAGCUGUGACAUGAAAGACUUACCGGACCACUGCAAGUCUUCUGUAAAAUAUAAUGAAGCUGAAACCUUUGGCCUAAGAAGAAAAUGGAAAUAUGUGCCACUCGAUUUGUAUUUCUGAUUAACAAAUAAACAGGGGUAUUUCCUAAGGUGACCAUGGUUGAACUUUAGCUCAUGAAAGUGGAAACAUUGGUUUAAUUUUCAAGAGAAUUAAGAAAGUAAAAGAGAAAUUCUGUUAUCAAUAACUUGCAAGUAAUUUUUUGUAAAAGAUUGAAUUACAGUAAACCCAUCUUUCCUUAAUGAAAAUUUCCUAUGUUUACAGUCUGUCUAUUGGUAUGCAAUCUUGUAACUUUGAUAAUGAACAGUGAGAGAUUUUUAAAUAAAGCCUCUAAAUAUGUUUUGUCAUUUAAUAACAUACAGUUUUGUCACUUUUCAAGUACUUUCUGACUCACAUACAGUAGAUCACUUUUUACUCUGUGUUACCAUUUUGACUGGUCGUCAUUGGCAUGGGGUGGAUAUAGGGCAUGGGAUUACUUGUCUCAGGAGCUGUCAUAGAAUUUCUUGCUGCCAAUUAAAAAACCUGUGUUCUUUACACACUACACGUAUAAAUAUUGUAACUGUUCAUCUUUGCUGUUUUAUCACUGUAAGCCUGUCAAAUCAUAGUAUUCUAAGCAUCUGUAAAUGCUAAUUUUGCAUUUUUGGAAAAACCCAUUCCUUCCAAGCUAGUGUUUUUCAUUGGCUCCAGGUCUAAUUUUUCACUGUGGUCCCUGGCAGCCAGUCUUUUGAAGUUUAAAGAUUACCUGUCUCCUGACUGCAGUACCUUUUCUUUAAUUUUUACCAAAAAUAUCCAGAGGUUACUGGAGUUCUUAUUCAAUAUAAGGAAAGUUUGCUGCACUUUAUUACCAAGCCUCUGGGAUUUUACCAGUCAAACAUAUUUGUACAUUACAUUUCAUUUCUUGUGAGCUAGCUAGCUGUCCAUAUUGAAUGUUGACCCAUUUGAGUAUGCUAAAAGACUUAUAGUAUCAGACACGAUCAUGGUUUUAGAUCCCAUAAUAAAAAUGAAUGUUUUUCUUAU